AUGGAUAAUGAGAGCGAGAGCGACGAUGUCGAGUCGGUUUUCUCAAUAGAGGACGCUUCAAGUAUCUCUAGUGUUGCCACAGAUGAGCUGCAAGACCCCGCUGAGGAGUUUAUCUCCUUUCUCUUGAGCGAUAAAAUUGUAUCUCAUUUAAUCAGUAUUGCAUCGAAAGAGACUCCGGACGCGCAGACGCGCAUGUUUGUACGACUGAGAAUCCUGUUGAAAGUGUUUGGUAAGGACUUACAUGGAGAAGCAAAGAAUGUCGAUGAGGAAGCUGCUGGGAAGCUUAUCCGCGCAAAAGCGACAUAUGUAACGACACGGAUCAAGAGUUUGCGAGAUAACCUCCCCAAUCAACAAGCUACGCUGACAUCUGUUUCUCUGGUAUCAAGCAAUGAAAGCUCACAACAAGACUGUGCAUCUCUUAGGAGUCUACCAGCAGAUCAGGGCAUCAUCGAUCAUGACGAUAGGCUUUUGUCAGGGCGAAUCGAGGAAGAAGACGUCGAAGACGAAGAUAGAAACGCGGGAGAAGAAGUCGCGCAACAAGAUUCAAAUGUCCAGUAUAUCUCAUUAGACGUAUUGAAGCAAGCAGAUCAGGACGUCACAAGUCACAACGAUCGCCUUCUGCCAGGGCAAAUUGAGGAAGAAGACGUCCAAGAUGAUGAUAGAUACGAAGAAGAAGAAGAAGACGCGCAACAAGAUACAACUGUCCAGCAAGUUUCAUUGGAUAUAUUGAAGCAAAGAGUAGCUGACAGCAAAGCUUUUGAAGCAUUUCGCUUACGCUUCUGGCGUUUACUUUUUCCCAAUCCUUUUCGAGGCGUAGAACAUAUGAUGGAAACUGUUGUCUUACCUACUAAUGAAGCCGUGCACACGGUGACUUUCAAUGUCUCCUGGGAUCUCUUUGCGUUCAUAGAUUCGGAAUUCGAUUACAUUAAGAGGUCAAGCUUAGACCCAAUCGAUUUACACAAGAUCUUAACGAUUAUGGGCACUUCGGUGAAGGCAGUCACAACGACGGCUGGAGAGUACGCUAAAUGGAAAUGGUGCUCUAGCGAUAUAGACAUGUUGGAGUAUAUGAAUGCAUUGAUGAAGUCAUUGUCUGACUCAACAGCUCGAGGUUUUCCAAUUGCUCGGCGUUAUAACCAGGAGAAAGGUCUUGAGAUCCCUUUUCACAUCAUGACCAGUCUAGCAAAGGUUAUGUAUCCACUUGAAGAACCUGGUAUUGGCCACUACCUGAGAGCCUUUUCCUCACUCGUCUUUCCGUCAAAGGUUUCAGCCAACUGCGAGACCAUUCAGUGGCACAUGACGAAACCACACAAGGGAUAUCUCAAAGCAGGAUCUAUGCCGCCAAGUGUUGAUGGUAAACCUUGGGCUCAUACAAAGACAUUGGAAGAGCUCGUUUUUGCUAAGCGAAAUUUCUUGGGCUAUGUUCGAGCAAUUGAAAUGCAUAUUGGAUCAGGCUCUGCUAUUGAUAGAAAGAAUAUAGGGACAGUAUUCAACUCGGGAGCAAAUCGGGAGAACCCAGCCAUUGCCCUCGAAUGGAACAGAAUACAGACAGGUACAUCGGGCCUUGGACUUUUUGGCGUUCAGAUUGAGGCGAACAUCAUUUACAACCAGGGACUCUUUUACUCCAUAGAAACCAGUUGGUACCGAGGACUCCUCGACACGGCAAUGAUUACGCCGAUAAUUAUCUACGAUCACGCAGAGGAGGCAAAAUGUGCGUGGAUGGUGCCUAGUAUCAGUGCAGUAUUGUUCAUGGCUCAUGUCUGGGCCAAAGUCGUAGGAGAUACAUUAGGUUCCCUACCGACCGCAGCUCUCAGCUGGAAUGGUGGAGAAGCCGCCUACCGCGCCAUUCUUGACCAUAGCAGAGACGUCAUACGAGACUCUUUGGAGGAAAAAGAGUAUACCUUUCGCGAUCUCGUUAGCCGACUGCUGAUAUGUCUUGACAAGAUCCAGCAUGUAGAAGCUAGGGCUCGCGCAGAACCGAGACGAUCCGUCAGCUUGGAGACAUCCGAGAAACUGUACGGCUGGGAUCUGGUGAAAAUUGCACAGGGAAAUGGGACUGCCUGGCGACAAGAGCUAGAGGUCUCACAGAACUGGAGAGUCCUCAGUCGCAGCUGUGUCGUUCUUUUCUGUCAAAACGCUGGCGAGCUCUUUAGGCCAGCAAGCACUACGAAAAUCUGCCAUGUUGCUAAUCCAAUCAACACGACCUCCGAUUGUCUUGUUGCUCCCAUCAAAUGCCUUCGCUUUCUUUCUAAAGAACAUGGUCAACGUGAUGACAGCACGACCUUGAAGUUAGAUGACGACCUUUUCUGGACGCCCCAAGGUCUAGGAUUGUUUGAUGACUGCAACAUGUGUUACAAGACCUCUGCUCGUUCUAUGAAAGUACAGUGCAAGAAAACGAAACAAUCCAUCUCAAAAGAAGAUCGAACGCGAAAGAGCAAUCUAAGGCCGCCAGAGGAGGGUGCAGUAGUGUUUGGAAGGAACAAGCUUCAGAAAACGAAUUAUUUGGUGCCUGAAUCGUCAUCGAUGAGUCAAACGGCGUCAACAGAUACGCCCGCGACGAGUCUGUCAAUUGGAGACUUACACGAACUAGCACAGCCAGCUUUCCAAACUGAAAAUCGAAAUCGACGAUGGGAUUUCAUACACCUGUUCAGGAAGAAAGGCGCUUGA